AUGUCUUCCUCUAACCAGUCACAUUAUUAUGCCGAUCCCGAAAAGGCCAAGGAUUUCGCGGCCGCCCUCCUCGUGAAAGCAGGCCUCAUGGCAGAGGACGCGCGGUCAAUGGCAGAAUGCCUAGUCUUAGCCGACGUUCGCGGUGUCGACACUCACGGCCUUGCCAGGCUUCCGCAGUACCUCGAUCGCGUCAGCAACGGCCGGGUCAACCCCCGGCCAAGCAUCAAUAUCACCCAGAAAACCCCGGUAGUCGCGCAUCUGGACGGCGACAACGGUUUUGGAUUCGUCGUCGCCACUCGCGGUAUGGACGAAGCUAUCAAGCGUGCAGAGAUAUACGGCAUCGGAAUGGUAACAGUCAACCACUCUAACCAUUUCGGCAUGGCAGCAACAUAUGUCCUCCAAGCGCUUAAAGCGAAUAUGAUCUCGCUUGUCUUCACCAAUUCUGCCAAACAGAUGCCCCCAUUCGGAGGAAAGGAAACACUUCUCGGUAUCUCCCCGUUUGCCGCUGGGGCUCCUUCUAAUACGGAAGUGCCGUAUAUUCUUGACAUGGCGCCCUCUGUUGUCGCCAAGGGAAAAAUCCGACGCGCCGCACGUCGUGGUGAGUCUAUCCCGCUGGGCUGGGCGCUAGAUGCAGAUGGGAAUCCAACGACCGACGCGAAUGUGGCGUUGAACGGCAGCAUGGCGCCAAUUGGGGGGCCGAAGGGAUCCGGUAUCGCGAUUCUCAUGGACAUUAUGUCGGGCGUUUUGGCAGGAGCUGAGUUCGGCGGACAGGUUGGGGACCAGUAUAAGGAUACGAAGCCGCAGAAUGUAGGCCAUUGCUUCAUUGCUAUCAAGCCUGAUAUCAUAAUGAGCACGGACGAUUUCAAAGCUCGAAUGGAUAUCCUUGCGCAGCGGGUGCACGGGGUUAAUCCGGCGCCUGGAUUUUUGGAGGUGCUAUUUCCUGGAGAGCCGGAGCACCGAUUGGGGCUGCAGAGGCGGGCUGAGGGUAUUCCUUAUACGGAAGCAGAGAAGACACUCUUCACUGAGGCCGCAAAGCAGUACGAGGUCCCCGAACUGCCCCUGUCGGAUUAUCCGCUGGCACUAAGGUGA